CGGAAGUGGGUGAGCCGUGGCCUCUCGGUCGAGAGAGUGGAGCCAGCCUUGCAGGGGGAAGGAGUUCGAGGGAGAUUAUGGCCACGGCUACUGACCAGUUGGUUGGGUAUGGCUUAGUAGGCUUCAGCCUGGUUCUCUUUGCUUACUAUACCAUCUGGAUUAUCAUACUGCCUUUCAUUGAGAGUGACCACGUCAUUCACAAGUAUUUCUUGCCCCGGGAAUACUCCGUUAUCAUCCCUGUGGUUGCCGGGCUGCUGCUGCUACUCUUUGUCGGAGCUUUUAUAGCCAUCGUUGCAUGGAAGAACCGGAAGCCCACCAAGAAAUCUGCCUGAAGGCAAAGCGAAGGAAAGAGGCGUGGAGACAACAGACGGUUUCUUGUGGCAACCACGUCAUGGCUUCUGGACUGUUCAGCCCUUGAGAACUAGCCGAUGGCUAGGAAGCGCAGCGAGACCCUCUCGCCUGCCCCCAGUGGGGGCCUGGUUCCCAGUAUUUGGACCAAAUAGAUUCAAAGCUGCUUCUCCUCAAGGGACCAGGAAAGAUCAAACUCUUCCGUGCCCACCUGUUGGGAUGCAUAAAACUGUCCAGUUGCAGUCCUGACAGCUCCAUAGCCUGUGUCCAGACCGCCAUCUAAAUCUAGGCAUACUUGUUGCUGUCAAUCUCAUCCGCUGAUCUCAUUCAUAUUCCUCUUUUUCCUCUUCUGAAUUUCCAUUCCUUUUGUGUUUUCCUAAUACCUGAAAAAUUCUAUAAAACGACCAUCAGGAGGGCCAGAUAUGGGGAAGAGUCUAUAAGCACACAUUCCCGAGGUCCUUCUCAAAAAUGAGACGCUAGUUCUCAGUAGUUAGGGAAGGGCAUCUCAUCCCGCACGGACCAUUUGUUUAUCACCCCCCUGCCCGCACAGAUGCAUCCGAACUGUGCUUGGUCAAUAAAAACCAGCACUGAGCCAGAUAGACACUUCCCUAUCAGCAUCUUCUCCAUCCACCCCCUCUAUGUCUUCCUCCUUCUUUUCUACCUUCUCCUCCUGUCCAUCAACCAGCAAAGCCAGGGCCUCAGCUGGAGACAGUCAAUGUCUGGCUGCAACCCUUUGGACAGAAUGGUUUGGAUGCAGAGUCAUAUAACGGCUGCCAACACCUUUCUCACCUUCCAUUACCCAGGCUAGGUUUCCAGGUUUCCAAGCAGAAUACGCGCUUACGUGUGUAAUCUUUUACUGAGCCGUCCACCUGCUUUGUUUUCAGAAGGGUACAAAUGGCACUGGAGUGCCCCCUUCUGUCUUCCUGGAGUAUUGCCAUAUGAAAAUAAGUUAGUGUUUGCUGGUUUUGCCUGGGGUUUUUUGGUUAUCUGUGUGUGUUUUUAAAUGGGGAUAAACGUCAGUCCAGAGACAUGGCUGACUCUUGAGUAGACGGGAAUGACCAGCAGGGGGGCGUAUUUACAAUACUGCCCUACCUGUGUAUGAGAGCGCUAGAAAACAAAAGGAAAAAGCUAGCAGAGGAGAAACCCUCGAUGGGUGUUAGGAAAACAAUUUGCAAUGAACUCCAUGUCUGUUAGCUUUGAAAUCCUUUAAGAGGUUUUAGGGGCAAUAUGUCAGGGAUUCAGUCGGCAAUACUAGGUUUUGUACAAUGAAUAAAAUCUUGUUUUCUUAUUUAA